GUUGCCCUCUUUCCCUCAGAGUGUGGUGGAAAGAGUCCGAAAGAGAAAGAAGCAGCCUUUGUGAAGGCACUUGAGAAAAAGAGCUUUUAUUUUGUACUUUCAGACGCAGACAGAUGCUGUGAGACAAAGCGGGAAACAAUCUUGGAUGGAUAAAUUGUGUUUUUGUGAUGCUGGGACUUCCAUUUUGCCAAAUAAGGACCUGAGUUUUCUGAUAGUCACUUUAGAAAGUCAGAUAAUUUGAUAUAAAAGAUCUAAAAGAGUUUUUUUUCAAGCCGUGAAUAUCUUUUUUUUCACGAAGAAGAGCUUUUCUUAUGCACUUUGUCCAUUUUUGCCACCCGUUGGUCUUUCUUAGUUCUGGUGUCUAGGCACAUCAAAGUUCCCAGGGCCAUGUAACCAGCCAUCCGUUCUGACCUGGAUUCCUCUCACCUGCUUCUUUCUCUGAGUGAUUUCCUUGAGUGUUAGGACUUUGCUGAGUUUUCAGCCAUGUUGCGUUGCGUUCUUCAACGAGCCAACAACCUGAGACACUCCAACCCCCUGGCUAGUGUCACCUUCAGAGGGUGUAAGAAGAAGACAAAGAUCAUCAAGAACAACCCUAACCCUGUUUGGAACGAGGGUUUUGAAUGGGAUCUAAAGGGGAUUCCUCUGGACUCUGGAGGAGAGCUCCACUGUGUCGUCAAAGACCAUGAGAAGAUGGGCAGAAACAGGUUCCUGGGGGAAUGCCGGCUGGCUCUCAGAGACGUUCUCAACUCUCCCAACCUGGCCGCCACCUUCACCGUCUCCCUGCUGGACACCAAGAGAAACAACACAGGGGCCACGUUGACCCUGCAGGUUUCCUACAUCCCUCCUCCAGGAUCAGCUCCAAUCUUCCAGCCUUCUCACCUGCCAGAGCCUGUUCCCCAUAACCCCAGUGUGGAGCUGGACACUGUCACAAUGAUUUCUCUGGACACUUUGGGAGAGGAGGAUACAGAGAGUAUGAUAAUGCUGGAGCCAACAGAGGACCAGGGUCCUGAUGACGGGCGCUCUAUGGUCAUUGCGGGCCCACAGGGUCCUCCGGGCCAGGAGUCCCCGACCGCCCAGGUACCCAAACGUUCGCCACCAUCUUACAACGCCCAUGGAGGUCUGAGGAAGCGGAGGAGAGGAGCCAGCAGUCAGUCCAAACCGCUGCCCAACAAACCACAGGACAUACAGGUUCGUGUGCGGGUCAUCGAGGGCCGACAGUUGCCGGGCAUAAACAUCAAGCCUGUUGUCAAAGUAAUGGUAGCCGGACAGACCAAGAGGACCCGUAUUAGAAAGGGCAACAACCCGUUUUUUGAUGAGACGUUCUUCUUGAACUUCUUCGAGACUCCAUCAGACUUGUUUGAUGAACCUAUCUUCAUCACUGUGUGUGACUCUCGCUCACUUAGAACUGAUGCUGUGAUCGGUGAAUUCAAGUUGGAUGUGGGCACCGUCUACAACGAGCACAGACACUGCUUUUUGAGGAAAUGGCUGCUGCUGUGUGACCCCGAUGACCUCUCUGCUGGGGUCAAAGGUUACCUGAAGGUCAGCCUGUUGGUUCUGGCAGCUGGCGAUGAGCCACCGGUCGAUAGACGUGAGGGUGUGGAGGAUAAAGAAGAUAUUGAAGGGAACCUGCUGAGGCCAGCUGGUCUGUCUCUGAGAGGAGCCACUUUCACCCUGAGGAUCUUCAGGGCUGAAGACCUGCCACAAAUGGACGAUGCCUUCAUGGAUGGGAUGAAGCAGAUUCUUGGGUUUGACAGCAAUCGGAAGAAUCUGGUGGAUCCUCUAGUGGAGAUCCACUUCGCUGGCAAAACUGUCUGCACUAAGAUUCUGGAGAAGAACGCCAAUCCACAAUGGAACCAGAGUCUGAGCAUGCCUAUAAGGUUUCCCUCCAUGUGUGAGAAGAUGAGGAUCAGAAUUCUGGACUGGGACAGAGCCAGUCACAAUGAUGUCAUUGGCACCACCCACCUCUGUAUGUCUAAGAUCUCCGCCCCUGGUGGAGAGAUAGAUGAUGACUUGACUCCACGGACCGUCCAUUCUAGCAUUGAUGACAGUCUGGGUUUCCUGCCAACGUUCGGCCCAUGUUUUGUCAACCUGUACGGCAGCCCCAGAGAGUUCACCGCCUUCAACGAUCCACAUGAGGCGUUAAACCUCGGAAAAUGGGAGGGGGUGGCGUACCGAGGACGAGUUUUACUAGAGGUUACUACAAAACUGGUGGACAAGCCUGAGCAGAGGACUGAAGACAUACCAUCAGAUGACCUGCUGGUGGUGGAGAAGUUUCUCAGGAAGAGGAAGUUCUCCCUCUUUGUAGCGUUUUACUCGGCCACGCUCCUCCAGGACGUCGAUGACGCCAUCCAGUUCGAGGUCAGCAUCGGUAACUACGGCAACAAGUUCGACUACACCUGCCUCCCUCUGGCCUCCACCACCCAGUUCAGCAGGGCUGUGUUUGACGGUUGCCACUACUAUUACCUCCCUUGGGGAAAUGUUAAGCCAGUGGUAGUUCUGUCUUCAGAGUGGGAAGAUAUCAAACCGAGAAUCGAGGCUCUCAACAUGCUGCUGGCCAUCAUCGAAAGACUGGAGGCAAACCUGCAGCGGGUGCAGCUGGAAGUGAAGGCAGGCGGUGAUCUGGACGAACUGGAGCUCCGAGUGGUUGAGCUGUUGGAUCAGGUCAUCACAGACUGCAGUGAAGAGCUGCCUUCUAUCGACCAAUGGCAGUGUGCAACUCCUUUGGAUCGCUCACUGAGGCACAUUCGUGUCCUCCACCUGCAGCAGAUUGUCGCAGCGGCGCUCGCUCUGAAGCACGGACCAGCCACCGAGCUCUCCACAGUGCUGGAGCAGGCGGAGGACUGGGCCAGCAGGCUGAGGACCAUGGCGGAGGAGCCUCAGAACAGUCUUCCAGACAUUAUCAUAUGGAUGCUGCAGGGUGACCGCAGGGUAGCAUACCACCGCAUCCCAGCACACACUGUGAUCUUCUCCCAGCAGCACUGCGGGAAACACUGCGGACAGCUGCAGACUGUCUUCCUCAAGUACCCACAGGGCAGUGGCACAGAAGCCAAACUUCCCGGUCAGCUGAGGGUCAAAGUCUGGUUUGGAUUGACAGCUGACGUCAAACACUUCAACCAGUACGCUGAAGGAAAACUGUCAGUCUUUGCUGAGACGUAUGAGAACCAGACCCGGCUCGCCCUGGUGGGCAGCUGGGGAACUACAGGUUUAACUUACCCUAAGUUCAGUGACGUCACAGGAAGAAUUAAACUACCCAAAGAGAGCUUCAAACCCUCGCCUGGCUGGACCUGGGCCGGAGACUGGUACAUCAGUCCGGAGAAGACACUGCUGAUUGACGCGGACGCCGGUCACAUGACCUUCACAGAGGAAGUGUUUGAAAACCAGAUGAGGUUACCAGGCGGACAGUGGAUCGGCAUGCCGGAGGGAUACACUGAUGUGAACGGGGAGAAGGCGGUGCCAAAGGACGAGGUGGAGUGUCCUCCAGGUUGGGUGUGGGAGGAGGUGGAGUGGAGUGAAGAUCUCAACAGGGCUGUGGAUGAUCAAGGCUGGGAGUACGGCAUCACCAUUCCUCCAGACCGUCGACCCAAGUCGUGGGUGCCGGCAGAGAAGAUGUACCACACCAACCGAAGGAGACGAUGGAUACGAAUGAGACGACGAGACCAGCAGAAGAUGGACGCUCUUAGGAAGCAGCGUCCGGAUGAAACGGAGAGGGAAGGCUGGGAGUACGCCUCGCUGUUCGGCUGGAAGUUCCACCUGAAGCCGAGGAAGACGGACAGCUUCAGGAGGCGCAGGUGGAGGUACCGCAUGGAGCCGUUGGAGAAGACGGGACCGGCAGCCAUCUUUGCCCUGGAGUGUUCUCUGAGCAGCAUCGAGGACAAGAACGACGACAAGUCCGUCACAACCACCUUCGGAGUCAACAGGCCGACCAUUUCCUGUUUCUUUGACCGUGGCACUCGUUAUCACCUGCGCUGCUACCUGUACCAAGCCAGAGACCUGCUGGCCAUGGACAAAGACAGCUUCUCAGAUCCCUACGCCAUUGUGUCGUUCCUCCAUCAGUCCCAGAAAACAGUGACGGUGCGUAACACUCUCAAUCCCACCUGGGACCAGACGCUCAUCUUCUAUGAGGUGGAGAUUUUCGGCGACCCCGAGGUCACGAUGACUACUCCGCCUAACGUCUUGGUGGAGCUUUACGAUUCGGAUACAUAUGGCGCUGAUGAGUUCAUGGGCCGCUGUAUGUGCCAGCCCUCCCUGACUUCCUCACCCCGUCUGGCCUGGUUCCCGAUUCGGCGAGGGGACAAGAAUGCAGGCGAGCUUCUGGCCGCCUUCGAGCUCAUACGCAGAGAAAAGCCAGCAAUUCACCAUAUUCCAGGUCAAGAGGGAGACAUCAUGACCACCACCCACGUUCUAGACGAGCUGAUGUUUCCAGGAUUCCUCCCUGAAAACCUGCAGCAAUGGCCGGAGGAGUCAGACCUUCCACACCCGCCCCCUCAGAGAGAGGUCAACGUCUUCGUGGUUCCUCAGGGAAUCAAACCUGUUCUGCAAAGAACCGCAAUCGAGAUCUUAGCGUGGGGCGUUCGUAACCUCAAAAGUUUCCAGCUGGCCAGCGUUACCUCCCCGAGCCUGCAGGUGGAGUGCGGUGGCACCUUGAUACAGACCUGCGUCAUCCGCAACAUGAAGAAGAAGCCCAACUUCGACAUCAAUAAGCUCAUCCUUGAUGUGAGACUUCCCAGCGAGGAACUCUACAUGCCGCCGAUCGUCAUCAAAGUCAUCGACAACCGUCAGUUUGGGAGGAAGCCUGUGGUCGGUCAGUGCACCAUCCGGUCACUGGAGGAGUUUCGGUGCGUCCCGGAGGAGGAGCGAGCGUUGGAGGAAGAGGAGGGAGAAGAAUGGAGACGUGAGACGCCACAGUUUGGUGGGGAGGUUUUCAUUGACAUCGAUGACGAGGAGCCGCUGAUGCCCGACCAGCUUGCAGAUGGAGCCAGUUCAGCUAUCAUUAACCUUUCCACCUCUAGUACCAGCCUCCAUGAGGAGGAGUUCAUGGAUUGGUGGAGUAAAUUCUACGCCUCAACCGGAGAGAAAAACAAGUACGGGACUUACCUGGAGAGAGGCUUCGACACGCUAAAGGUGUACGGCCGAGAGUUAGAGAAGGUCGAGGGUUUCGAAGGUCUCUCAGAUUUCUGUCAGACUUUCAAACUGUACAGAGGAAAGACUCAGGAUGAAGGAGAAGAUCCUUCAGUUGUGGGAGAGUUCAAGGGUAUGUUUAAGAUCUACCCACUGCCGGAUGACCCCUCCACCCCUCCUCCCCCAAGACAGUUCAAAAAGCUUCCCCCCAACGGCAUCGAGGAGUGCUUGGUCCGAGUCUACAUCAUCCAGGCCCAAGGACUGCAGCCCAAAGACACCAACGGGAAGUGUGACCCCUACGUGAAGAUCACGUUGGGGAAAAAGACCAUCAACGACAAUGACAACUACAUCCCCUGUACACUGGACCCCGUCUUUGGAAAGAUGUUCGAGCUCACCUGUUCCCUCCCUCUGGAGAAAGAUCUCCGGGUGAUGCUGUAUGACCACGACAUGCUGACCAAAGACGAGAAGAUCGGAGAGACGGUGAUCGAUCUGGAGAAUCGCUUCCUGUCCAAAUACGGAGCCAUGUGUGGCCUGCCGCAGUCCUACUGUGUAUCGGGGGUAAACCAGUGGCGAGACCAACUGACACCCUGGCAGCUGCUGCACAGAGUGUGCGAACGGCGAAACCUGCCAAAGCCCGUCUACCACGAUGAUGUAGUCAACUUCAGAGGACUCCAAUACACCGCUGCAGACCUUGAGGACAAAAAUGUGUCCAAACGUUACCUCGGCCCGAUGAAGGAGCGACUGUCCCUCCACAUCUUGAGGAAACUGGGACUUGUACCUGAACAUGUGGAGUCCAGACCACUGUACAGCCCACUGCAGCCCGACAUAGAGCAGGGGCGUCUGAUGAUGUGGGUGGACCUGUUCCCCAAGUCCCUGGGAUCACCUGGACCCCCGUUCAACAUCACACCACGCAAGGCUAAGAAGUUCUUCCUGCGCUGCAUCAUCUGGAACACCAGCGACGUCAUCCUGGACGAUAUCAGCAUCAGCGGGGAGAAAAUGAGCGACAUCUACGUUAAAGGCUGGCUCGACGGGCACGAACACAACAAGCAGAAGACGGACGUCCACUAUCGCUCUCUGGGCGGAGAAGGAAACUUCAACUACAGAUUCUUGUUUCCUUUCUACUAUUUACCAGCAGAGCAGCUCUGCGUGGUCGACAGGAAGGAACAUUUCUGGAGUUUGGAUAAAGCCGAGACUAAAGUGGCUCCUCGCCUGACCAUCCAGGUCUGGGACAAUGACAAGUUCUCCUUCGACGACUACCUCGGUCACCUGGUGAUGGACCUGAACCACAUGCUGCGUCCAGCCAAGUCUCCAGAGAAAUGUACCCUGCAGCUUUUGGACCAGCCGGCGGACAAACUGGUGUCUCUGUUUGAACAGAAGACCGUCAAAGGAUGGUGGCCUUGUACCUGCGAGCAAAACGGAGAGAAGAUCAUCGCUGGGAAGGUGGAGAUGUCUCUGGAGAUCGUGACGGAGCACGAGCACGAGGAAAGACCAGCUGGCAACGGCAGAGACGAACCCAACAUGAACCCCCACCUGGAGGAGCCUCAGCGUCCAGAGACCUCCUUCCUGUGGUUCUCCUCCCCCUAUAAGACCCUCAAGUUCAUCCUGUGGAGGCGCUUCAAGUGGUUCAUCAUCCUCUUCAUCAUCCUCUUCUUCAUCCUCCUCUUCCUCGGGGUCUUCCUGUACUCUUUCCCGAACUACGCUGCCAUGAAGAUGGUGGGACCGUUUGGACCGGCCAAGGCGGCGGAGUGAUGCUGGACGAGACGAAGAAAAAAACGACGAACGAAAGAAGAAGAACGUCGAGUUUCGACAAGUGAAAUGAGGCUGAAUUUAACUGAUUGUCACGUUAUUUUUCUUCUUUCCUCGAGUCUUUAAAACGCAUCUUGCUGAAGUCGUUGAGGGUGAGCGAUGAACUUGUGAACUUCAUCUGACCACCAGAUGAGUUUACACACUUUUGUACAGAUAGACCUGAUUAGCAAUAGUUCCCGAGGUCCAUGAACGCCUCUUGACAUGUUAUGUAUGUAUGUGUGUGUGUGUGUGUGUGUGUGUGUCCAUUCGUGCCUUUUACUGAUAGAUUUAUCUUCCAAACUCAUGAUCAGAUCUCAGCAUGAUCCUCCUCCAUCCCUCUGUCCGUCUCGUUUGCCGCCACACAUAGAAGAAGGAGAAUAAAAAGCUCGUCGGCUGAACCGAAAAAGCUGAAACAGAAUCAAAGAUUGCGGCGCCUGAUCUUUUUUUACCGCCUGCUGUUCCUGUCAAACUUUAUCGCUCCAAAAAAAAAAAAUUACACUUUUAUGAAGAAGAACCGUAAAGUGGAGAUUUUAUUCUCUUUGAAUCAUUUUUACAGUGAACGUCAACGCCACGCGUGCUGCCUUCAGGCGCAGUCAGAAAUCUCAGUUGGGUGUUUUCAGCUCAUCUAUUGUAUAUUUAUUGUUUGUCUUUGCUCCUCUUCUGAUUCCUCCUUCCUUUUCCUCCUCAUUUCCUCCUCCUCUUCUUUGUGUCCUCCUUUACCUCUCGCAUCUUCUAUCUCCUGCGUUCGUCCGCCUCCCGAUUAACUUUUUUCCCCCUUCGUCUUCAUCCUCCUCUUUCUCUGCCUCUCUUUGUGUUCUUCCUCCUCUUCUUCCUCCCUUCCCUCCUCCUCUUUGCAUCCUCUUACGUCCUUCCUCAUCUUUUUAUCCCAUCUCCUUCUAAUUUUCUCCCUUUUUCUAUUGAGUCUCCUUACCUUUCCCAUCUUCCUCCUUCUUUUCCUCCCUAUGUCUUUGUGUACUCCCCAUUUCCUCCUCCUCCUCCUCCUCCCUUUCUUUUACACAAAUUAAAUUCCUCCUCCUUUCCCUCCUGGUCUUCCUCCUUCUCUUUCUUCUCUUUGCAUCCUCUCUUUAUGUUCCUCCUUCUUCUCUGGCUUCUUCAGCUCAUCAUGUCUUGUCACCUCUUUUCUUCCUUCUCCUCCUCUUCCUUUAAAUCAUUAUGUUCUUAGUCAUCUUCUUUUUAUCCUAUCUCUUCCUUUCCGUCCUCCUCUUUCUCCUCUAUUUCUUCUUUUCCCCCUGGUCUUCCUUCAUUUUUCUCAUCUUCUCCAUCUUUUUCCUCCUCCUCCUCUUUCAGCGCUCUCAGGGUUCAGUGGGUUAAGUCAGGGAUUUGCUCUUGUUGAUCUCGAGGGUUUGAGCCUUAUUAGUGUGUUUUUAGACCGAUGGAUGUACGCAGAUAAGGAGAACACACACACACACACACACACACACACACAUUUGCAAACAUCCACAAGUGUGUGUUAGGUUGCAAUACACACCCACACACACACAAAGACACAAAGACACACACACACAAGUUCGAUCAGGAAAGGUUAGAAGAGAGGAACUAAUCCACCAGGUUUUACGGGAUUUCCUGAAGUACAGUACAUGUUUGUAGGUCUAUACAUAUAUUAUAUAUGUGUGUGUGUGAGUGUGUGUUGAGGUCUUUUACAGCCUCCACUGAUGAGAAACCAAAGAGCAACAGAGUUUAAUUACAACCAAACUGUAAAAAAAAACGAGAAAUGGAGAGCGGUUUGUCUCUUAUUUAUUUUUGCGUCUUCUUCUUCUUCUUCUCAGUGGUUUCUUCUGAAGUCCAAAGAUUUUUAUUGUGCUGGGUUCGAUCACAUGUUCAGUUAGUUUGCUUUGGUCCGCACCAGAGUGGAAAAGUUGACUUUGUACCGUUUGGUUCGUUUUAGGUUCACACCAGCCAAUUACGAGCCAACCAGGCCUUGUAAACAAAGGUCACAUGGACUCACAGGCAGCUCAUUUAUUGGACAGAGUUUUGGCAACCUGUCGUCAGGUCAGAGAGGGUUUAAACUCCAGCUCCGCUAACCUCAGCAUAUAUCACAGUCAUUUACUUUCUUUGGAGUUUUAAACUCAGUUAAUAACAUCAGGAUUUGAACUUCGGUCCAGGUUUUCGGUCCGCUUUCCAAACACGAGGAAUUCGCUCGAUAUCGGAUGUCAACAUUUGUCUCCUCGUACUCAUAAACUCUUAUUUUUGAGUUGCUUCCCGCAGAGUUUCGAUCACGUUGUUGCUCCUUAGAAGCUGAACAUUUUGCUUGGACGGUUCAUUCUCGCCCGUCACGAGAUGUUUGCAGAACAUCACAAACCUCUGAUGUAGAUUCAUCACUACUAAUAUAAGUUGACUCGAGUGCUACAUGAUUAUUUUCAGGGAUGUAGAGCGUCACUACAUUGGUCUAAGUUGAGUCAUAUUUAUUUUUUACGCACUUUUUGGCUUCCAUGUUUGAAUGUAAGCAAACUGUGAACCUUGUGACCAGUGCUCACCACAAUGAUCCCCGUCUGUGUGGCAGUGUCUACAGGUCACUCACGACUUAAGGCCCCAUAUAAACCAAAUUAGCAAUUACCGAACUGUGCGGCGUUGUGUGGGUGGGUGCUUGGGCUUUUUUCUGAACAUAACCACUAUGAAACAAUCAGAAAACAACCUUUUUCCUGUGGACAUUAGCUGUUAAAUACACCAAAUUUCUUGUGGGAAGUGUUUGACUUCAAUUCCAAGUCCAACUUCCAAGUCCUACUUUCAUUUUAAUAUCAGUUUUAUUAGUGUUAGUACUUCAGCUGUUUUCCUGUUCCAUAAAAGAAACUGGUCCCUUGUUCACGUUACCUCUUCAUGUGGUUCCUGAAUAUGGAAGAGUUUUUUGUCUAAAACCUGCUCCAGUGGUGUGGUCAGAUACAAGACAAAUCAAACUUAUUGGGUUUUGUUUAACUUUAGAUGAUAGAAAUGAAGGCGAAUGGGAGAUAAUUUUACUUGAAAAUGGUUUCAGUUGUAGUACAGUAUGUAGUACACUAUGUACUUUGUGGCAUAGUGCAUUAAAUUUGGCUGAGUGGUGUUGUCUCCAUUCAAUACGACCGUUAGUGAAAAUGACGAUCGCAACAUUGUACCACUUCUUCUUCUUCUUCUUCUACGCAAAAUAUAAAACGAAACAUCUGUACACUGACUAAUACAGUACUAGCAGUAUUCAGCUCCAGCCAUUUUCACAGUGCACGUGGUCUGGAAGUGUAUGGAAGUACACCAAGAAAUCGAGACACAGCCUAAGCAUCAGAAAGACGGCAGGACAAGCCGACGGUCCUGGGUUAUGGUUGGGUUUCGAAGAUAAUAGUGAGGACAGAAGACGAUUGCCUGGAUAGACGAUAUUUUUUUUCAUUUCAAAGAGUUUUAUAUAUUUGAAAGAGCUUUAAACGUCCUGCUGAUGUAAAUCUACAAUCCUUAAAGUGAAAAGAACUUUCAAAAAAACCCUCAAAAUGCCUUCGCACCUGCAAAUUUGUCCUUAAAACACUGGCUCAGCACUGUUUUUUGCCCAAUGUUAUUGCUGUCAGUAAAUGUAACGUGCCUUUAGCCUUUCGCUUCGCUGCUUUGACAUACACAUUAACACUCGCUGCUGCUGCUGCUGAAAUGUUGACUUGUGCCUCAGCAUGAAGUAAAACUAUACAGAACCGUUGGAUGUUUGAAUAAACUGUGGAUUCCAGUUGCCUUUGUGAAGCUUUAAACACUGAUGCUGUGGGAAAAUCGAUGUUUUUAAAUGGGGAAAACUUGAUCUGUGAUGGGUUGAAACUUGUUUUAACUCGAGUCUAGAAGCAUUUUUUUUAUCCUUAUUGUCUUGAGUUGGAGUCACUGGAAAUAUGCUGCAUAUACGCUUCAGCUUUAAACACUUUCUGCUGUUGACUGUAAGAAACAAUAAAACUGCACUACAACCCGUAGGGACUCCGGUAAGUGCUUUAACAUGAACUGCAUCAUGACAAAUUCCUCUGUUGUUUUUGUAAAUGGUGGUUGAUCAUGACUGUCAGUAUUGGUGAUAUUUUAAUGUUUUCUGGGAGGCACAGACUGAAUGUAUUCUAAACAUAUUGUGUAUUUGACUUCAUAUCUACAAAGAGCAAUACUGCGUGCACUGCGAUACGUGUCAGUAUUAUCAAUAAAACUGCAUUUCUGAUUAGC